UCCUCUUCGGAGCCCAAUCGACGAGCUCCGGUAACGGCGCAAAAGCUGGUCGUCGUCGUCGUCUCCGGCGACGAUGGCUGCACGGGCGCACGUGGAGAGGCUCCGGCGGGAGCGGUACUACAUCGGGCGCGGCGAGCAGAACCCGCUGGCGGAGGACAUGCACCAGGCGGUGAACUACCUGAGCCAGGAGCUCUACUCCAAGGACGUCCACUUCCUCAUGGAGCUCGUCCAGAACGCUGAAGACAAUGAGUACCCUGAUGGAGUAGCACCAUCAUUGGAGUUUCUGGUAACAUCAACUGACAUCACUGGAUCUGGUGCAUCGUCAACUUUACUCAUUUUCAACAAUGAGAAGGGCUUUUCUCCAUCGAAUAUUCAGUCUAUUUGUGGCGUGGGGAAGUCGACCAAGAAGGGAAACAGGGACAAGGGAUACAUUGGAGAGAAAGGUAUUGGAUUCAAAAGUGUGUUCCUGAUAUCAAGCCAGCCCCAUAUAUUCAGUAAUGGGUAUCAAAUCAAGUUUAAUGAGAAGCCGUGUCCAGAAUGCAAUAUUGGAUACAUUGUCCCGGAGUGGGUUGAAUCCAGGCCUAGCCUGUCAGAUAUCAAACAGAUAUAUGGGUCUACCAGAGACCUUCCAACAACCUGUAUCGUCCUGCCUUUGAAGGAUGAGAAGGUCACUGCGGUGAAGCAGCAGCUGUCAAGCCUGCAUCCAGAAAUGCUACUGUUUCUGUCAAAGAUCAGGCGGCUUUCUGUCCGCGAAGAUAACGGCAACGCUAAAGGCAGCACUGUUAGUGAAAUUGCAAUAUCGAGUGAGAAGAACUUUGAAGUGAGGAAGAACACGCACGCGGAGUCUUACACGGUCUUUUUAUCAGCUCAAGAAAACGAGAGUGAAGCAGAGUGCGGGUACCAUAUGUGGAGGCAGAGGUUCCCUGUCAAGGCAGAGAACAGGGUGGACAAGCGUACUGAAAUCGAUGAGUGGGUCAUCACCCUAGCCUUCCCUCUUAAGGAGCGACUAUCCCGUGGGAAGCAGCUAUCCCCUGGCGUAUAUGCUUUCCUUCCCACGGAGAUGGUAACGAACUUCCCCUUCAUCAUUCAGGCUGACUUCCUCCUUGCAUCAUCAAGAGAGGCGAUACUGUUCGAUAGCCCAUGGAACAAGGGAAUUCUGGAGUGUAUCCCAAGUGCAUUCAUGAAUGCCUUUGUAGCACUUGUCAAGUCCAGAACAGAUGCACCAGCAAUGACUAUUCCGUCGAUGUUCCAUUACCUUCCCGUCAGUCCUUCGCUGAUCCCUUUACUUGAGCCUAUUAGGUCUGGCAUCAAAGAGAAGGUUCUCGUCGAGGAUAUAGUUCCAUGUGAGUCUCACACUCCACAGAAGAUGUUUUGCAAGCCUUGCGAGGUUGCGCGGCUCAAACCAGCAUUUUGGGAUAUCCUUGUCAAGGCGAGAGAAUCUGGAGUGGACCUUAAGAACCUGUCAACUCAUGGAACCCACAUACUCAGCUCUCAUUUCGACAAGAGUGCAUACAACAGUGUUCUUACAUUUCUGGAUGUCAAAAGCGUGAGCCAUGAAUGGUAUGCAAAAUGCAUUGAGGGGUCUAAUCUUGUCAGCAAUGUAGGUGAACAUCUUUAUCUGGAACUUUUAUGUUUUGUCGCAGACAGUUGGCAAAACUUUUCUGGUACAAAGAUGAUGCAAAUUCCUCUGCUGAAGUAUGUUGACAGGAACAAAAAUGUCUCUGUCUGGAGCAUAUCCAGAGCUAGUCAGUGGAGUGAUAGACUGUGCAUUGCAUCUGAUGGGAAGUGGAUGUCAUGGCUUAUCAGCUGGAACCAGGAGUUUCCAUCUUCUAACUCUGCAAGGUUUCACGCAGAAGGAAAAAGUGACAUACUGGCUUCAAAGCCAUGCAAAGGUGGAGGUUGUAUCUGUAUACAGUUUUGGGAAUGUUGUGGUUAAGUCCUUGAACUGUGAUAGAAGGCCUGCCAUUGCUUUUUCUCACUUUCUGUACCAUUCAUCCAAUAAGAAUUACAUGGAGAGCUACCAGUUAGCAGAGCUGUGUUGUAUCA